CGGCGCGGCCAAUGGGCUCAUUGACAUGCAAAUCGCGGGGUAUAAAGCGGACGGCGCGGGGCGGGAGCGGGGCUCAGGGGCCGCCAUGGCGCCGCGUACCGAUCACCCGCUGCGGGGCCGAGGCUGCGCGGAACCCCGCGCCGACCGCAGGACAAGGAAGCCGCUGGUGGAGAAGAAGCGCCGCGCGCGGAUCAACGAGAGCCUGCGGGAGCUGCGGCUGCUGCUCGCCGAUAGCGAGUUUCAGGCGAAGCUGGAGAACGCAGAGGUGCUGGAGCGGACGGUGCGGCGGGUGCGGGCCGUGCUGGAGCGCCGCGGCCGCGGCGGCGGGCGGCGGCUCCUCGAGGCUAGCGAGCGCUUCGCCGCCGGGUACAUCCAGUGCAUGCACGAGGUGCACACCUUCGUCUCCAGCUGCCCCGGCAUCGACGCCACCACGGCUGCCGAGCUUCUCAACCACCUGCUGGAGUCCAUGCCCCUCAGCGAGGGCGGCUGCCCGGACUCACUCACGGACGUUCUGGGGGAUGCCGCGCUGCUAACCCUGCCUGCCGGGGCCCCCCUGGCCCUGCCUGCCCCGGCGCCCUCGCCGUCCCCCAGCGAGGAGACCUGCUCCGACUCGGACGAGGCGGAGGCCGAGCCGGGCCAGACCCGCACGGACGGACUGGACGCGUCGCAGACGCGCGGGCUGCCCUCGCCCGGCCUGCCCAAAUCCAUGUGGAGACCCUGGUAACGAAGGAGCGGGAGACAACGCACACCUACCUAUGGGGGAGAGCAAGGGGGCCCCCGGCAGCAGGGCACGGCCGGCACACGAGUGUGUGUGUGAGCCUGCGAGAGUGUGUGUGCACACGCUCCAGGACUGUAUCGGUGGCGCUCUGACGCUGUCACACCCUGACAGGCUAAUAGCGAACGCGUUAACAUUUCAUUUGUGUGUGUGGCAUUUUGUAACUUCAGGGGUUUGUUUUUAUGAGAGGUGGGGGAAGGGGGAGGGGAGGGAGUUGGGUUGUAGUAGCAAAGCUCUCUGGAUACACAGCAGUUAUAACCCUCUCUCUUUUUUUCUUGGCCCUUAUGAGUGGCCCAAAUACCACUACCUUUUUUUUUUUUUUUUAAGGAAAAGCCCUUGUGUAUUUUAAAUCGUGAUGGUUAACUCCAUGAGAAGCUCGAGCUAAGUCUGCAUGCACGGUUUUAAGUGUUUUAGUGAUAGCACAGACCCCUGAAAGGGGUUGGUCUUGUUAGCAUCUGUACUCAGUAGCAGUCUAGAGUCUCCCCUUCAGUGAAGGGAGAGAAAACUAGAAACCUGGUGGAACUAGACAAACAUUUAAAAGAUACUGGUGGCAGGGUGCCUUUUAGAAAUGAGUGUCUUUAUGCACAUUUUGCUUUUAGCACAUCUGAGUUUAUUGUGACUUUAUGUAUAUUAGGGUGUCAAAUGUUUUUUAUUUUUAAUCUUUAAUAAAAAAAUAACUGAAUUCACAACA